AUGUCCGUCACUGAGUCUGUCUACGACUACAAGUACGAGAACGGGCGUAGGUAUCAUGCGUAUUCCGAGGGCAAAUAUCCCGUUCCGAACGAUGAGGUAGAGAAAGACAGGCUUGUCUCAGACCUACAACACCAUGCUUUUCGCUUGACGCUAGAUGGGGCUCUAUAUCGUGCGCCGAUCCCACAAGAUGUUCAAAACGUCCUGGACGUUGGAACGGGAACCGGUAUAUGGGCGAUAGAAUUCGCAGAGGAGCAUCCAUCUGCACAAGUUCUGGGGACGGAUCUUAGGCAUCUAAUAAUUAGCAGUCCUAUCCAGCCUACAGAAGUCCCUCCAAACUGCAGCUUCCUAGUUGACGACUGCGACAAAGACUGGGUGUUUCGUGACCAGUUUGACUUCAUUCAUACACGAGCCAUGGUAGCCGCCAUAAAGGACUGGGACCGGUUCCUUGGGCAGGGUUAUGCAAAUCUCAAACCCGGAGGAUAUCUCGAACUUCAAGAGAUCACGUUUCCAGCUCUGUGUACUGAUUCUUCAAUGACACCAGAGACAUCGCCGCUCCUCCGAUGGUCCGCUCUCUUCACAGAAGCUGCCGACAUGAUUGGACUGGAUGCAUCAGGCCCGCUUAAGCUCGGUCCGAAGCUUCGAUCCGCUGGUUUCGUUGAUAUUCACGCUAAACAGUACAAGUGGCCUGUUGGGCGCUGGGCCAAGGGCGAUAAAAUGAAGCUACUUGGGAGGUUUGUCAUGGAGGAUCUAAUGGACUGGUUGCCCAGCAGCGCGAUGGGUCUUUUCACUCGUGUGCUGAAGUGGAGUCGGGAAGAAGUCGAACUGUUCUUAUCUACGGUAAGGAGAGAAUUAAAAGAGGAAAAAUCGCGUCACUUCUAUGCGAACGUGUGA